UUUAGGGAAGUGUAGUUCAGAAUGGUAGAAGAGCAGCAUUCACUGUGAAAGAAAUUGCAAAAAAGAACUACAUUACCCAGCGUUGGUCAGUGUGUGCUUCCGGUCCAAAGGAUCCGCAAAGCAGAAGUCACUCGAAAGGGAUUAGCUAGCUUGCUAGCAGCUGACACAUUAUAAAUGUGGGAAAAUAAUUAGCUCGUUUGAGUGGCGCUGACACGUUAAGAAAACUAACGUAGCGGAGAACCCAGCUGUGUUACCAUGGCAAUCCUGUUUGCUGUGGUGGCUCGUGGAACCACGAUUUUGGCCAAACAUGCUUGGUGCGGGGGCAACUUCCUGGAAGUCACAGAACAAAUUUUAGCCAAAAUCCCCUCAGAGAAUAACAAACUGACCUACAGCCACGGCAGUUACCUCUUUCAUUACAUCUGCCAUGACAGAAUCAUAUACUUGUGCAUCACUGAUGAUGACUUUGAAAGAUCUCGUGCAUUUACCUUUCUUGGCGAAGUCAAGAAGCGCUUCCAGACGACGUAUGGCUCCAGAGCUCAAACCGCCCUUCCCUACGCCAUGAACAGUGAAUUCUCCUCAACGCUGGCGGCUCAGAUGAAACACCAAUCAGAUCCUCGGGGGUCAGAUCGUGUAACUGAGACUCAGAUGCAAGUCGAUGACCUGAAGGGCAUUAUGGUCCGCAACAUCGAUUUGGUUGCGCAAAGAGGAGAAAAACUAGAGCUGCUGAUUGACAAGACGGAAAAUCUGGUGGAUUCAUCCGUCACAUUCAAGACCACGAGUCGAAACCUCACCAGGGCCAUGUGUAUGAAGAACCUCAAGCUGACGCUCCUCGUCGUGCUGGUGUGUUUUGUGAUCCUUUACAUCAUCGUCUCUGCGGCUUGUGGAGGCCUCAACUGGCCCUCUUGUGUCAAGAAAUGAGGACGAGAACAUGUGGGCUCGGGGAGAUAAAGGACGAGGGAGAGGUGCUUGAUUUUGCCCCCGCUUGUAAAUGGACAGCAGAAAAAGACCCCUGGCCUUCUACCACGGCUGGAAGACGUGAUUCCUCGUGUCAAGAUUCUGCACGUCUUUGCCUUCAGGACCAGAGUCCGUCUCGCCUCAUUCACACUAAAGGACAGCAGCCAUAUGGCCUGAAAUCUGUGGAAAAUGGUCGUCUGAUUGACUCAUCCCUGCACUUGAUUUUUGUUUUUUUGUUUUUUUCUUCAGAUUGUGGUACCGUCCUGCACACGUCCAAGUAAAACUGCAUCACUGGUUCUUGUCUAUUGCUCUAUUUUUUGAGGUCAGCAUCCGCCUACAGCCCUUACAGUUGGUAGCAUCACUUUUUGUCCUGCAGGAGGUGGACAGAACUCCUAAUAUAGUUGUGUGAUUAUUUUGAUAAAACUAUAGAGAGCACUGUAGUGUCCUCUAUAAUGGAUGGUCUUGUAAAAUAUCCCAAAAUGAUCAUACAAAUAAAUACUGUACAUUGAUUUAUUUUACUCUGUUUCUUUUACUCUGAUUUGUGCAAAAAUGCAACCUCCUCUUUGCCUGUAGACUUUACAGAAAGCUUCCUUUUUUUUACCAUUGGCUUCAGAUGUUCAGUGUGCCGUUUUUUCUGUUAACACUAUGCACUUUUUCAAAAACAACUGUACAUAAAAACACUUCAUGGCAUCGUACCGCUAAUGAUCUUGUAAUAUUUAACUGUACAUCGAGAUUUACACAAAUAAAAUCGGAGAGUUUGGGA